AUGGAUCGAUCGCCCUCGCCUCUUCCUUUUGACGUCCUUGUGUUGAUCGGUUUCUACCUCGAUCAGAGUGAUUUGAUCAAUUGCAUUCUCGUUAGCAAGGAUUGGAGCAAAGCCUUUAAAGCAGCACUUUACUACAACAUUCGAGUAUGUUUUGCUACUUACACCGCAUUCAUAUCACUCAAGAUCCUCGAAGAAGUAUCCAAGAGAUCAAGGCAUAUCUAUUCGAUUGAAGCUCCGCAUCCUUCAUUUGUCGGUCCGUUACUCGAAAAUGUGGCUGUCUCUGAUCGUACUGAUACUGAGCCUUGGUUCCCACGCCUAUGGUCAUUGUCGAUUUUAUUUGAUCAGGAGAUCUGCCGAGCACUUCGACCGCCAAAGAUGCAGCCAACAUUUUACUAUCCCAGUGAUUUGGAGGAUCAGACAGAUGACAGCGAUGACGAUGGCGACGAUGAUGGUGGUAUGAACUUGUGCAGCGAACAUGGCAGUCAGCCUCAACAUCAAGAUAUUAAAGGGAAGCUGCCUAGAGAAGAAUAUCGCGAUAUCUUGGCCCCAGUGGUACCGGUUCGAGCCGACGCAUGCUUGACACAAGAUCCUUACGAUGUUAUCCGACUAAUCCGUCAAUGCUCUAACCUACAGGAGCUCAAAGUACAGGUUCGUGUAUUUGGCAAUGUUGGUGGCCUUGAGCACCUUCUCUGGCCAGGCAUCCUCCCGCAGUCGUUGAAACGUCUCGAAAUCAUCGUUCCGGACGAUUGGAGGGAAGAAUCCUACGAUGAUUCUGAGGAUGAGGACUACGAUCAUACGCUGUAUCCAGCACGCGAUGUUGAAGAGGAGUAUGAAGAGGAUGAGGAUGAUGACCAACAAGAAGGGUUGACUGACGACGAUGACGGUUAUGAUGAGGAUGAGCUCGUAAGAUGGUAUCAUAAUCGCCUGCCAGAUCCGGAGCCUUUACAUUACUAUCGGCAUGAGUACUUUAAUAAUAUUUCACGCCAGCCGUUGGUCAACCUUCAAGAGCUCAUACUCAACAACGUGGAGACGGCUCGAGCUUUGGUUAGGGUCUUCAUUGCUCGACGAUGCCCUCAUUUACGAUUGCUUCAUCUGAUCGAUCCAGGAGACUACUUUUGUGAACGGUUCGAUAUUAAGAUAGCAGAAACGUCUUUUGAAGACUUGACAGAACUUAAGGUCGAGCUUCGGAAGGAUUCGAGCGAACUUCGAGAAGAGCAUUUCUCCAAUUUGCUCGUUGCGACGAAUUGGAAAUCGAUUGUGCUGCGUAAUUUUAUCAAUUUUUCAUACGAGAGUUUGUCAGCUAUUCGAAAGAGUAGUGAGCUCUCUCUUGAGAUAUUAGAUCUUGGGGUUCAAGCAGGAGGGCUAAUGAGCAGUGAUAUCCAGCAAUUUUUAAAGUGUAUGCCUCAGCUGAGGGUCUUUUCAGGUCAGGGGCUGUACUUUUUAGCUCAGUACAUAGGAGAUGAAGGAGGAAGAGUAGGACGAGGAAUAGAAGCAGGAUGGUAUUAUCGAGAAGAGGAGGAUCGACAGCAGCAAGAGCAAAGAGAGCGUUCUCAGUCGUCAUGGCUAUGUGCUGAGACACUUGAGGUUAUGCGAUGCCAGAUUAUGUUGGAGGUGCCUUGUUUCAAUUGUUCAAUCAAGCCACCCAUAGCACCUAGGAUGCCAUCAAAGCAUUCAGAGGAGAUGGGAUUUAAAGAACUGCAAAAGCGGGUCAUGAAGCAGCUAGGGCAAUGCUAUCAACUUCGGGAGCUGGAUCUUUCCCAUUGGUCGUCUGGUAGCUUGGAGCUUCGAGGGCCUCACGGAGUGGUACGAUCUGCUCCAGGCCUUAUGGGCCUUAUGGGUUACGAAAUCAGUAUAUAUGGAGACCCAAGACACCUCGGUCGAGAACAUGCGAACGUUCGGCUCCCCUGGACAAUGACCUAUCAACAGAGUCAGUGCCUAGAGUUUACCUUGGAGACUGGGUUACAGGAAUUAGAAGGACUGAAAGAGCUGCGAAAGCUGGAUUUGACAGGAUUAAAGCAUAAGAUCUCAAUCAAUGAGCUUCGGUGGAUGAGAGAAAAGUGGCCACAACUAGAACAGUUUAAAGGAUUAAUGGUGGUCACCAGAGCUGGAGCUGGAGUCGGAGCUAGAGUUGAGGUUGAGAAUGACGAUGGUGGAUAUGAUAGGUAUGGAGAAGGAGAAGAAGAAUUGACUGCGAGAAGAAAACGCGAAGAGGAGAUGUGUUACUGGCUGGAAGGAGGAGAAGUUAUUGAAGGAGACCAUACAUUUUGGAGAUCAUGGCGACGUGACUAA